AUAGCUGAUGGUUACCGACAGCGGCCAGUUGGCAAGGUCCUCGGGCACCGCAGAGGUUCGGGCUCCCCGCCAGGGGGCGCCGUAGCCCCGGCAUCGGCCGACCGUUACGUUUCCGGGCACCGAGGGCCGAGAGCCGCCAUCUACGGGCGGCCGGCGCGCGCGCCGCCACUGUGGGCCGCUCCGGUCCGUUACCGGGGCAACGGCGGCGCUCCUUCCUUGUGGGCCGCGACCGUCUCUCUCCGCGCCAUUUUCAAACCGUGCUCGUGCCGGAGCCAUUGGCCGCAGCGGGACGAGCCAGCGGGGACGGCGGGUCCCGAGGGCGAUGUACCUCGCGACGGAGCGGCGGGCUUUAAGUUUGGAGUGUGACUAAAACUGGUUUUGGAAGCAAGAUGACUACAGCUGCAGAGAGAAAGUAUAUUAACAUUCGGAAGAGGUUAGACCAGCUGGGCUACCGCCAGACCCUGUCAGUGGACAGUCUGCCUUUGGUAGAAAAACUUUUCAGUGACCUUGUUCAUACGACAGAAAGCCUGCGGCAGUGCAGGUUGUCCUCAGGAAAGGCGGAAAAGGAAAGUGCCAAUCUCGAUUUUGCUUUGGAACCUUAUAAACUUGAAAAUACAAGACUGAAUAAGGAGAAUAAUGAAUUGUAUCUGGAGUUAAUGAAGCUCAGAGAAUACUCAGACAAGCACAUUAAAGACCUGAAGACGACACUGAAGAAAUGUUCCCGUGAGUCAGCUGAUCUGAAGUUUCUGAACAACCAGUAUGUUCACAAGGUCAAACUCCUGGAGAAAGAGAGCAAAGCCAAGGAUGAAAAGAUCCAGCAGCUUCAAGAGAAGAACCUGCGUGCUGUGGUGCAGACCCCUGGUGGCAGGAAAAGGAACAUUGCAUUUAGGCGCCAGCGGAUGCAAAUCGAUGAACCAGCCCCACCCUCAGAAGUCAGCUCAUACCCGGUUCCUCAACCAGAAGACCCGUACAUUGCGGACCUCCUGCAAGUGGCUGACAACAGGAUUCAGGAGCUGCAGGAGGAGGUCCAGCAGCUUCAGGAGAAGCUAGCACAGAUGGAGAAAGGAGUGCAAGACUACAGCAAGCAGAUUGAACUGAGAGAAAGAGAAAUACAGCGACUGUCACUUGCGUUGGAUGGCGGUUGUUCCACUGAUGUCCUGUCUCUGGAGACCAGAAAUAAAACCAAUGAGAAGCUCAUUGCUCACUUAAAUGUCCAGGUUGAUUUCCUCCAGCAAGCUAAUAAAGAGCUGGAGAAGCAUAUUCAAGAGCUCAUGAAAACCAAGGAAACAGUGACAACUGAAGUUGUGAACCUCAGCAACAGAAACGAGAAGCUCUGCCAGGAGCUAACCGAGAUCGACCAGUUAGCCCAGAGGCUGGAAAGGCACAAGGACCAAGUGCUGGAGACAGCAGACAAGGAGCUCGGGGAGGCAAAGAAAGAGAUUAAACGAAACCUCUGUGAAAUGCGGAACCUUGAGGAAAAAAUGUCAAAACUGCAGUGGGAAUUGGACGUAAGCCAUAAGGAGAAGGAGAGACUGAACAGUGAGCUGCUUUUAAAGUCAGACCUGGAGACUGUUGUUCAUCAGCUCGAACAAGAAAAGCAAAGACUUAGCAAAAAGCUGCAGAGUUUUGCAGUCACAGAAAGAGAACUGACUCUGGAGGUUGAGAGGAUGAGGCUAGAACAUGGGAUAAAACGUCGGGACAAGUCACCCUCUCGUCUGGACACAUUUCUGAAAGGCAUAGAGGAAGAGCGCGAUUAUUACAAGAAAGAGCUGGAGAAACUGCAGCAUCUAAUCCAGCGGAGAUCUUGUGCGAUUAAUCACUCCGCUCGGGAAAAACCUCCUGUAGUCAAAUGCUCAGAAAAGGGUGACUCCUGCACGGACGUUCACCUGAUCACAAGAGAAAGGGAUGAACUUCAGCGCAUGCUGGAGAGAUUCGAGAAAUACAUGGAGGACAUACAGUCCAACGUGAAGCUGCUGACGGCGGAAAGGGACAAGCUGAAUGUCCUGUAUAAGGAAGCAAAGGAAGAGUUGUCUACACUAAGGAAGGAGUCCACUAAUUCGACAUCCCCCAACCAUCUUGUUAGUUGUGUAGAAAAGGAGAAAGAACGCGCGUUAUCUGAGUUGAGAAGAAUUACAGCAGAAAAGGAAGCUCUGAGAGAAAAGUUGAAAAACAUCCAAGAAAGGAAUGCUGUUGGAAAAUCAGACUUAGAGAAAACUAUUGAACAUUUGACAUAUAUUAAUCACCAGCUUGAAAAUGAAAAAUAUGAAUUGCAAUCUGAAAUGUUAAUGAUGAAAGAAACAAUGGAGUCAUUAGAGAACAAAUCAAAACUCCAAGCUCAAAAGCUUAGCCAUGUGACUGGUGACUCAUCUCAUCAGAAAACAGAGAUGAACUCCCUUAGGAUCGUCAAUGAGCAGCUACAGCGCUCACUUGAUGACUGUCAGCACCGGCUUUCCAUAAAAAGAGGUGAACUUGAAUCAGCCCAAGAGCAAAUUAAAAUGCUGGAGCAAAAACUAGAGAAUCUCAACCACAGGAUGACGGUGCAGAGCGAAGAAACUCACGCAAUGAAGAAGACCAUUGGAGUGAUGGACAAAGAAAAGGACUUUCUCCAGGAGACUGUGGAUGAGAAGACAGAAAAGAUCGCCAACCUGCAGGAAAGCCUCCUUAGUAAAGAAAAAGUUAUUGCCCAGUUGAAGGUCAUAGUUGCAGAGUAUGAAACGUCGCUUAACCAGCUACAAGAAACUUUGACUACUCGAGACCGAGAGAUAAACAGCCUCCGGCGCCAGCUUGAUGCAUCUCACAAGGAGCUUGAUGAUGUUGGGAAAUCUAGAGAGAUCUCUUUUAAGGAAAAUAGAAGGUUACAAGAUGACCUGGCCACAAUGGCGAGAGAAAAUCAGGAGAUCUCACUGGAGCUGGAAGCAGCAGUGCAAGAAAAAGAAGAGAUGAAGAGCAGAGUCCAUAAGUACAUCACUGAGGUGUCGCGGUGGGAGAGCCUGAUGGCCGCCAAGGAAAGAGAAAAUAAAGACUUGCUGGAUAGAUUCCAGAUGCUCCACAGCCGUGCUGAGGACUGGGAGGUCAAGGCUCAGCAAGCGGAAGGGGAGAACAGCUCAGUCCGCCUGGAGCUGCUGUCUAUCGACACAGAGAGAAGGCACCUGCGGGAGCGAGUGGACCUCCUGGAGAAGGAGAUCCAGGAGCACAUCAAUGCCCAUCAUGCGUACGAGUCUCAGAUCUCGUCAAUGGCUAAGGCCAUGUCUCAGUUAGAAGAGGAGCUGCGACGUCAUGAGAGCGAGAAAGCCACCGUGUUAGGUGACGUGUCGUCUCUCCGAGAACUGUGCAUCAAGCUCGACUCAGGCAAAGACGUCAUGACCCAGCAGCUGAGUUCCAAAAGCCUGGAGCUGGAGCGGGCGGUAGCAGAAUUAGAGAAUGUAAAAUCAGAAUCAGAACUGUUAAGAAAACAGCUGACGAAUGAGAGACAGACAAUUAAAAACCUUGAGUCGUUGUUAGCUACAAACAGAGAUAAAGAGUUCCAGUCCCAUUUAACCUCCCACGAGAAGGACACAGAAAUCCAGCUGCUGAAGGAGAAGCUAAAUCUCUCAGAAAGCAAACUAACUACCCAAAGCCGAGAAACCUCCAUGCUUCGGACUAAAGUAACACAGUUGCAGACAGAUUAUGAUAAUCUGAAAAGGCAGAUGUCAAACGAGAAGUACGAACGAGAGCGAGCAAUCCAAGAGAUGCGCCGACUUGGUCUUCCUACAUCACCUCUGAGCUCUACUCUGAAAUCUCCUGUACAGACUCCUGAUCAUAUCAAUGCAUAGUUACCAGGAAGAUUAUGGUUUUCAGUGAGUUUCUGCAUGGAUUUUUUAAGAACACAGAGUAAUGAGAUAUUUGAAGUCCUUGUUCCUGUGAAUCAUGAACACUGACACAAAUUCUACCUCUGUCAACCUUUAUUUAAAUCAGUGGAUAUUUAUGUAAAAAUGUUUAGUUUUAAAAGAGCCUUAUAUGUAUAUUUUCAUAUGUGAAAAGACAAAAUAUGUAUUAAUAGCUUAACUGAUGUGAUAUGUGAAUUUUUAUUAUUCCCAACUAAAAUUACUCCUUACAAUGUGUCUAUACUGUGAAUUGCUUUGACAUGCUCACAUUAUGCUUUAAUAAUCUGUGCCUUAGUGAACCAUAAUAUAUGCACGGAAGGAUUCUUGCACUAUUUAGGUGUGUUCGGUUUUCAUGCCUGUGUUUAUAGCCCAUAGCAUAAUGAAUUCAGAGAAUGAUCCGUUUGAUGCUGUUCCAUAAGUGUGACAUCAGUCCAUGUGUGCUGUCUAUCACACAGCGGAGUCUAUCUGAAUCUAGUCUAGCAGAACUCUUUUUAUUUUAAAAGUCAAGAAAGACUUUAUGUGAGCUUCUGGUUCCAGAGAGUUAGGACUCCCUCAGGGAAGCAGAGGGGCUGACAGCGAGCUCACCACACAGAGCCUAGAGUGGCCAGGAAGUAGGGGGAGCUGUGUACUCCGAAAGCCCUCCCCCCAGGGACGCACUUGCUCCAGUAAAUCUGCACCUCUUAGACCUCCUCAAACAGCACCCCCACACACCUGGGGCCAAGUGUUCAAGUCUCUGGGUCUGUCUGUGGGAUACAUUUCUCAUUCAGACUACAUUUUCUAAAACCAAAUAUUCAACUGAUACCAUUUUUCCCCCUGAGGUGUUUUUUGCUAUUUCUGAAAGUUCAGACCUACUGGAGAUCAAUAAACUCAGCUACCUGUUGGGAAAUUACUUACAAUUUCAUCAACUUUGAAAAACAUUUUCCUGGCCUUAGAGGAAAUGUGCCUAGUGAUCUCAUCACAGAACUGUGGAUAAAAUAGUUAUCGCUGUGUGUGAUAGUGCAAGCAGGAAGGGCGGCAGUGGGAGACACUUUUAUCUAUGUGGGCCUUAUUCGGGCUGUCCUAUGUGCUCUCCACAUGACACUUUUUUUUUAAGAAUUAAGUUAAAAUAUAUUCAGAGUUUUGUAAAAUAAUAAAUGAAAAAUUUUUUUUGCUAACUAAAUUCUUCAGUGUACUCGUCUAAAAUUUCAGAAUAUGAAAGUAUAUAAAGUAAAUAUAGAAAAGUGUUUUUGUUAAAAGUCCAAUAUGCAUCUGAUAAUACCUAUUUGUGGCUUCAAAUCCUAUCUAAUAUCCCCAGUCUUUCCGAAUAGUAUGUCAACACCGUCCCUGUGCCGUGUAAAUUGAAAACACCUUUUUAUAACUUCCCUUUCAAGGUUGUGUAGCUCUGAAGAAUUGAGGUGUGUGCCAACCCUCGGAAAAGAGUAGACAUACAAAAUAAAAUGUCAGAUGCCAAUACUAAUCAUGUACCCACUGGUCACGUUUGAAGAAACCCCUCUUUUAUAACUAGAUUUCAUUAUGAUUCAGAAAGAACUUAAAAGUCAGCACAGGCCAGCGAGUCAGCUGCGAGCAACCCGCUCUGUUUCCUCUUGGCUUAAAACAAGUUGCUCUCUGUGAACGUCCCUGAGGGUGGGUAGACAUCCGGGUAACUAGUGUGCCUUAUGUGGUCAGGAUGUUCCCUUUGCAAUAAUUUGCUGCAUAUUUGAAUACAGGACCACUUACUCUUCCACUAUGUUUAUAGUUUAUUCUAUCUCCUUUGAGUAAAUUCAUGUUUUAUAGCAAAAUAUGAAAAAAAAGACCAUUUACAAUGUCA